AUGCGUCCUGUUUCGGUGGGAAUCCACUCCAUCGGGGAGAUGGGGUAUGGGAUUGCGAUACUCCUCAAAGCUCAUGGUUAUCGGGUUCUCACGGUAGGGAGUGGGAGGAGUGAGCGUACUCUAUCCCGGAUUCGUUCCGCAUCAAUAGAGUCUCUAUCAUCGGACCAGGAACUGGUAAUCCAGUCUGACUACCUACUGUCCAUCGUGCCCCCUAGAGAUGCACUAGCCACAGCUCGUCGAAUUGCAGAAGUAUGCAAGCUUCCCGACACAGAAGCGAAGCGACAAGGAAUUGAAGACAUUGACGGCCUGCCAACGAGACGCAAGCUGUACUAUUUAGACCUCAAUGCUACGCCCGCCCGUCUAUCGGCCGAAGUGGGUUCUGUCUUCGUCGAUGGUUCGCCCACGUCAGAGAGCCCGUCUGCGUUGUGCCACUUUCUAGAUGGUGGGAUCAUCGGGCCACCUCCGUCACACAAUGUACAAGACGGAAGCUGGAAGAAGCCCAGUCUAGUGGUAUCCGGCAGCGUUGAUCUCCCCUCUACAUUUCCCCGGCUAUCGGAGAUACUGAAUAUGAAGCUUGUUUCGUCACAGAUCGGGGCUGCAUCCACGUUGAAGCUCUCAGUUGCGGCAUUGACGAAGGGACUCACAGCGUUGUCUAUCUUUUCGUUUUCAACGGCCCAGAAGGAGUCUCUUCUCCCCGAGUUGCUUGAACACCUCAAAGAGUACGCCCCUCAUAUUAGCGCGUGGGCGACUAAAUCCGUGCCUGAAGCUGGUCCCAAGGCGUACCGAUUCGUCGAAGAGAUGCAGGGAAUUGGUGAGAUGUUCGAUAGUGAAGGCAAUUGGGACGGCCUUGGGGCGGGAGUGUAUGGAAGCAUCGCAGAGGUGUACCGGACCAUCGCAGAGCAGACGGAACUUGGGAAAGCGGAUAAGAGUCAAGGCCAGACGGUGGAAGAGAUAGCCGAGACGAUUGUGCGGAGGAAGAAGGCCGUGAAAGAAGAGUGA